CUUCACGAUGGUGCCCUAUAGUUUUGUCAUUCUCCAGUUGCUGGGCUUCUGUCGGUCGGCGACCUGGCAGGAAGGAUGGAAGACGAGGCUCUACGAUUGCUAUACCUACGUCAUGUUAUUUCUCCUCUACACGAAUGCCCUGUUCCAAUCAAUUUACGUUUUCACAUCGUUCGAGAGUGUCGAUGUGCUGAUUGAUAACACUUUUAUUCUUCUCACGACUAUUAAUAGUGGGUUGAAAGCGACGAGUUUUGUCCGUCGACGUCAGGAGAUUGUCGAUCUGCUUCGGAGGUACCGGAGUCAGAUGUGUUCACCGAGGGAUGAAGCGGAGGAGUUCAUUCGAUUCAAGUACGAACGGGUCAUCCAUAACUUGAGCUUAUGUUAUAUAAGCUUCACCAUGUGCACGGUGAUAUUCCAGACUUACGUCCAAUGGCGGGAAUUGGUACCGCGUGGAGAGCUUAUUUACAAAGCCUGGUUGCCGUACGAUAAUUCUUAUCCCCUCACCUUCUGGAUUUCCCACAUGCACCAAGUCAUCUGUCAGCUCGCCGAUGCUAGUGUCAGUUGUACGUACGGCGUUAUCGUCGCUGCAUUGAUGAUACACAUCACUGCGCAAUUUGUUAUCCUCAAUCAUCGAUUUGAAAAUUUAGCCGCGUCCCUGGGGUUCGCGGAUGGAAGUGGAAAAGGGCUCUCGAAAAUGAGAGAGAAUGAUGAUCAUGAGGGGAUCGUGAUGAUGGAGAGGGAGAAACUAGCCGAGUGUAUCAAACAUCAUUUGUGUAUAUUUGAAUGCAUGGAGAUGUCCAAUGACGUUUUCGGUGCAACUAUGCUCGCCCAGUACGCGGCAAGUUCAUUCAUCCUCUGUGGAACAGUUUAUAAAGUAUCGAAAAUGUCUGGGUUGGAUCCUGAAUUGAUAGGCGUUCUCAUGUACUUGGGGUGCAUGCUUUUCGAUAUAUUCCUGCCUUGCUACUAUGGCCAUAACGUGACUACAGAGAGUUUCAGAGUUUCUCAGGCGGUUUACAAUAUGUACUGGUCGGCAUUAAAAACACCUACGAAGAAGAGCUUGGUGCUGAUAAUGAGCAGAAGCCUGAAGCCUUUUAGAUUCACGAGUGGUUACAUAGUGCAGUUGUCUCUGGAUUCAUUCGGUGGACUCAUCAAAACAUCCUAUUCCAUAUUCAAUCUCCUCAAGCAACAGAGCAACUGAUUUGAAAUUUACAACCGUCAAUUAUGCCGAAAAAAUUACCUUACAAACGUCACGGAGACAUAAUUCUUCUGCAAAAGUAGUCACAAGUGUAGAAAGAAUGCUGGCACGGCUGUCACGAUUAUUAAUUACUGCAAUUUUCUUUUUUAAUUUCCAUUUCACUCUAAUGUCCUAUUUUUAAUACAACAGGCACAAUUCAUGAAUUAAUUAAUUUGUUAAAAAAACAGUAUUCUAAAAUUAAGAAUUAUUGAAAUUUAUUUUAUGUCUAAUUUUACAUCAAUUACGCAGAAUUUAAAAUUGAGAAUGAAAAUGAAAAUUUCAUGUCUUGUAAUACUUUUAACUACCACAAAUAAUCUAGUAGAACUUCAAGAGGAUUCUUGUAGUUACAAUGGUAAUUUAAUAGAAUUUCUUUGAGACGGCGGUAGUGUUCUAUUAAAAAAAAAUAUAUGAAAUCUCGUAAAUUCGCUAGAUAAUUUUUUUUUUAUGUACGGCAUUUUAAACCAUUUGGUUUACUCCGCCAGCUAUCCUCUACCUAACCUUGCGGCUGCGACGGACUAGAUCCGAUCAA